AUGUUUGGUCACGCAACUAUCCUCGGAGCCAUACUUUCGAUAAUCAUGGCGGCUUCUGCUGCAAAUUUUCCUGAUUGCAGGUCGACGGGCAACGCCUGUCCCCCAAACUACGCUUGUUGCCAAAUAAAAUCGAACGGCCAGAUUCGUCAUACUUGCCUCCCUGGCGAUUGCAAUGACCUUUGA